AUGGGGGUCGUGCGCUCCAUGGUCAUGUAUGGGGCUCCGAUCUGGGCAGACCAUCUGCAGCAAGAGAACCGGCUACAAAGGAUGAUGACUACCCGAGCCGUCCGUGGCUACCGCACAAUAUCUAAAGAUGCGGCAUGCCUGCUCGUGGGAGCCUUCCCUUGGGAUAUAGACGCGCGUGCCUUCGCUGACGUUUUCUGGCGUUGCGCAGAAGCCCGCGAGGGUGGCAGCAACCUCCCACUGGACGUCGUACGUCGGUGGAGGAAUGACGCUAGAGAGACGGCUAUUGAAAUGUGGAGGGAGCGGCUAGAGAACCCGCAAGUCAGCGUAGACUUGGUGCUGGCGAUUCGCCCGGUACUCAAGGAAUGGCUCGACAGGAAGCCCGGUCAGCACCUGCGUGAGGCGCACUCUCGUUACGCCUCAUGCAGGGAUACGGCUGAUCACACCGUGACGGCCUGCCCCUCCUGGAUUGAACAACGCGCGGCCCUAACGGCCGCAAUCGGACCUGACAUCACGCUGCCAGCAUUGGUGCGAGCCUUGCUGCGUGGCGACCCGGACUGGAAAGCGGUGGAAGACUUCGCCGAAGAAGUUAUCUCCGCCAAAGAGGAGGCCGAGCGCAUAAGAGAAAGGGAGGCGCUCGACCCCAGAAGACGGCCAAGGCGAAGACGUCGUGCCAACAAUGGCGACAACAACGUCCCGCCAUAA